AUGGGAGACGCGAAAUUUGAAAUGACAACAACAGCGGCGGCAUCGCAGCCGACCCAAGCACCUCCACGCCCUCCUCGUCAGCGCCAGAGGUGGCGACGGCCUCGGCGAACUGCCGAACCAGCAACUCAAGAAGCACAAGCAUUUUCCGAAACUCCUGGACAAAAUGCGCCUGUGGGUGUGAAUCCAGCGACAUCUGGCAUGCAACAGACUGCGCUUCCUUCACAUCAGAUUCCUCCGAGUGCUCCAGCGGCCAUCCGAGGCCCAGCUGCGGGCUCUGGCGAAGACACUUCCGCAAGAGAAAACAAUUCUUCUCGAAAACCACGAAAUACAGGUAAUAGAGCGAGGGGGAAAAACAAGCCAAAAACCGGCAACCGAGAGGAUGCCUCUGCGGGACAGAGGCAACCUAUCAAUUCUUCGAGGCAGUUCAGAGGAGCAGGCACAAGGAUAAAUCCGGGACGGACAUUCGGUGGUAAUCUUACGGUUGAACCAUCAGCAGAGCCAGGAAAUGUCUUCGCGGAGCUCCAAGCCGAUGCUCCUGAAUUUCAACCCGGCCAACCAGUCUUACAGCGAGCAGCGAAGAAAGAUCAAAAGCCGAGGCGCCCAGAAGCGAAAGCUACUCGAGGCUCUGGGCCGGUGAAAACUUCUGGAAAGAGAAGGCCCUCGCGGUCGACAGCAGAAGAUAUUGGAACGAGGACGCACGAAGACAUUGACAACGCCAACUACGAGUGCCCAAUCUGCACAAAUGAAGUGGCACGGAACUCAAAGGUCUGGUCUUGCAAAACAUGCUGGACCGUCUUUCACCUUGGCUGCAUCAAAAAAUGGUCAAGGAACGAUGAUUCUGCUUCGGCCCAGCGUCAGCAGGAGAGCGGUGACCUCCCGGCGCCCCGACAAUGGAGAUGCCCUGGAUGCAAUCUACCUACGGAAGUGCUGCCAUCGGCAUAUACUUGCUGGUGCGAGAAGGAAGUGGAUCCUCGCUCUAUCUCAGGUCUGCCUCCUCAUUCCUGUGGACAAACCUGUGGCAAACCCAGGCCGUUGCCCAAAAAAUGUCCGCAUCCGUGCGACUUGAUUUGUCAUGCUGGUCCUUGUCCUCCUUGCUCCCAUAUGGGACCCACACUCAGCUGUUUCUGUGGGAAAGAGAUCGCAACAAGGAAAUGUCUCGACACCAACUAUGAGUCAGGCUGGAGCUGUGGUCAGAUAUGUGGAGACCUGAUGCCCUGCGGAGAGCACUAUUGUGAGCGACCCUGUCACGAGGGUCUGUGCGGUGCUUGUGAGGUCAGGGUUGACGCUCGCUGCUAUUGCGGCAAGGUUGAGAAACCUAUUAUUUGCUGCGAGAAAGGAGACGAGAAAGACUGCAAGGAGACCAUCUUUCUAGGUGACGGAACAACUACGGUUGAUGGUUGGACUGGCCUAUUCGAUUGUGAGCAGAUGUGCGAGCGGCUAUUCGAUUGCGGCAAACACAAAUGCGAAAAACCAUGUCAUUCCCAGGAAGAGAAACCAACACAUUGCCCGCGCUCUCCAGAUAUUGUACAUCUUUGCCCUUGCGGCAAAACUCCGUUGACCGAGAUAUCCGAGCAACCUCGACGCUCCUGUGAAGAUAAGAUUCCAAAUUGCAACAAGAAGUGUUUGAAAAUGCUGGCCUGCGGGCAUCCCUGCCAGCAAGUCUGCCAUUCAGACCCGUGUCUUCCCUGUUUGUUGACAGUACCUAUUGCAUGCCGAUGUGGCCGCGUACUGUCAUCUACAACUUGUCAUCAGGGGACAGAAGAGCCGCCACAGUGCAUACGCAUCUGUAAAACUGCACUCAGUUGUGGCCGACAUGAGUGCGGCGAGCGAUGCUGCCCCGGAGAGCGAAAGGCAGUAGAGCGCCAGAUUACGAAGAAGAAGCUGAGACCUCUCAACGCCCCUCCUCGCCCAUUCGAAAACGAUUUUGAAGCCGAGCACAUCUGUACACGAAUUUGCGGCCGGUUGCUCAAGUGCGGCACGCACACAUGCCCUGAGCUUUGCCACAAAGGCCCUUGUGGUAGCUGCAGAGAAGCAAUAUUUGAUGAAAUCAGUUGUAAUUGUGGGCGAACUGUGCUGCACCCUCCACUUCCCUGUGGGACGAAGCCGCCGCCUUGCAGAUUUGACUGUGAAAGACCCAAGCUUUGUGGCCAUCCUCAGGUCCCUCACAACUGUCAUGGUGAUGAGGAGAGUUGUCCUCGAUGUCCAUUCCUGACGGAGAAACAGUGUUUGUGUGGUAGGAGAGCACUGAAGAAUCAACAAUGCUGGCUGGCGGACGUUAGGUGCGGUGAAAUUUGCGGAAGGAAACUAAAGUGUGGGUCACAUUUCUGUCGGAAAACUUGUCAUAGACCCGGAGACUGUGAAGAUGCCGGACGGCCAUGCCUGCAAGCUUGUGGGAAGCCCAAAAAGACCUGUGGGCACUCUUGUGAGGAGCCAUGCCAUGCUCCUUCGACAUGUAAAGAGGAUAAACCAUGCAUUCACAAAAUCAUGGUUACCUGUGACUGCCAGCGCCUCAAGCAGGAAAUGAAAUGCAACGCAUCCAACAGGGACGAGGGAAACUCCCAAAAGGAGCUCAAAUGCGAUGAUGAAUGCGGAAGACUCGAGCGCAACCGGCAAUUAGCUCUUGCCCUUAGAAUCGAUCCAGAGGCUCACCAGGACGACCAUGUUCCGUAUUCCCAGGACACUCUUUCAAUGUUUCAAGAGAAUGCGAAGUGGGCGCCUGGACCAGAACGUGAGAUUCGCAUCUUUGCCGCCGAUGAGACUCAGAAGCGCCUGAGAUUCAAGCCCAUGCCCGCACACCAGCGAGCUUUCGUCCAUUCCCUGACCCAAGACAUUGGCCUUGACAGCGAGAGCAUGGAUCCUGAACCUCACAGACACGUUAUUGUGUUCAAAACUCCCCGCUUUGUGGCAGCGCCCAUGAAGACGCUCUCGGAAUGUCUCAGGGUUAAGCCGACAACCUUGAACCCGAGCUCUGACUCUGGAUCUCGCAGAAAACAAGAAGCAAGCCAGAAUAUCAACCGACAGACUCCGUACAAUGGGUUUCUCAUGACGGCACCACGUUUUGGGUUGACCAUUGAAGAAAUCUCCUCUGAUCUGGGCCCACUCCUGGUUGAUCCUAGUGGUAUCGAGCUCGAGAUUUCGUUCCUUCCCAGCGAAGAAAUUGCACUCAAAGCUCGAUCACCUCCUGCACUGGCUGAGCUCACAGUUGAAGCCAACCUCAAAUCUAUAAAGUCUUCAUUGGCGAAGACGGUCAAUUCCAAAUCUCUCGCCGGCAGCAUCCAACUCUGUAGCCUCGACACAAGCCUGAAUGUUCUCCGCAGAGAAGCCGACAGUGCCGGCGGAUGGAGUCAAGUUGCGGCCAAAGCCGCGGCGCCAAGGCGUGCUCCCGUCCUCCCAGCCGUCGGUAGUGCCAGGAACACCUUCACCGUCCUUGGAAGCCGCCUUGCCGAUGCAAAGAAAAAGAAGGCCGAAGCCAAAGCAAAGCGUACGACGACCGAGGUUGUUGAUGACUGGGAGGCAGCAGAGGCCGAGGAGGAAGAAAAAGAAAAGACUGAAAAGGACCACGCGGAAGCUAGUGAUGCCGAGCCCACCUCCGAUGUCCCGCUUCUAGACUCUUCAAAUCUUUCCCCAAUUGAUGCUUCUGCCUCUCCUUCAGCCUCGGCCUUUGCUUCUACAUCUGCUACCCCACCCGCUAGCGAAGAUGUAACCGUUCCUGUACCUGCCGCAGCAACUCCCGCUGUAGCAGCUGCAGGUCCUCUCGACGUCGCAAGUCCGGCAGACAAUAAAGAGGAAGAAGGCGCUGCUCCUUCCACUCCAGCUGCUUGA